UUGUGGGUAGGCUUUCGCUUAGAUGUAUGCAAGCCCAUUUUGGUUUCUAAGAAAGAAAGAGAAUAUGCAGAAAUCAAAGAGAUAUGAUAUGGAUUCAAUAUCUGAUAGAAUCCCAUAAGAGAUUUAUCAGUUUUGCAAUCAGAGUUCUUGUGAGCGUUUCUGAAAUAGUGUUGAGUAUGACCAUUUCAUUAAUUAUUUAUUAUAACUUAUUUGAUUAUUUAAAGUAAUCAUUAAAAUAUACUCUCUUUGUUCCUAAAAUAUCUAUAUUCUAGUUUUUUCACACAUUUUAAUAAAACAAAUUAAAUUUGCAUAAUUUUUUGUGUUAAUCUUUUUUCCACAAUUUUAAACCAAUAAAAACUCAAUUAGUGCAAUUAAGAUUUUUGAAGUUUGCAAUUAGUUAAUAAAACAUGCAUUGAAAAUGUAAAAAAUAAAUCUUUUAAAAACAAAAUUUUUCUUUAGAAUAUGUAUCUUUAAGGAACAGAGGGAGUAUACAAUUUUCAAAAAUCUUAUUAAUUUAUAAAGAUAAUAAUAAAUUUAUUUUAACUUAAAUUUAUUUUUUUAUUUUUAUUAUAGCAAAUUCUAUUGAAAAAAAUCUAAAAAAUACUAAAAGUUUGAAAUAGUUUUUUUUAUAAUUAAUGCAUUAAUUAAAUUCAUAAUUAAUAAUAUAAUAAUAAUAUUAUAAACUAUUGUUAAGGUAAAUUUUAUUAUAAAACGAAAAAAUAGAUGUUAUUCUUUCUAAAUUUAAUAGUUAGUCUAUAUCAUAUUACAAUAGGUACUAUAUGACAGAAUUAUGUUAAAUUGAUAUAUUAAAUUAUUUUAUUUUUAAAAGUAAUUUCACAUAAAUAAAUAAAUAAAAUAUCAUUCACCGUUAAAAGGGAUUAAAAUUUGUAAACUAUAUAAUAUUUUUAUAUAAAAAAUAAAUUGUUAAGAUAUUUUAAUCUUUUAUACCUAGACUAUUUAUUAUUUUUUAAACUUUUAUCUUUUUGAAACUCACAAUAAAAUAUUAUCUAAACAUGAUUGUAUACAAAAUAUAAUAAUAUAAAACUAAAAUUUAGUUCUUGUGUUAUUUCCAAAAUAUGCUAUUAGAAAACUUUGAAAUUUUAAUAAGUCAUUAAAAAUAUUAAUGAUGAAUGCAUUUUAAUAUAAUUUUAAUGUACAUUUUUAAUUAUAACAAAAUUUAUUUAGAAAAUACCAAAAUUUUACCUAAGAUUUCAAUAUUUUAUCGAGAAAUUGCUAAAAAUACCACAUUCAUAAUACCACUUUUCAUCUUUACCUUAAGGGGAAUUUUCAUGUUUACUACAUAUUUUAUUUAUUUUGAAACUCAUAAUAAAAUAUUUUCUAAACAUGAUUAUAUAAAAAAAUAUAAUAAUAUAUAACUAAAAUUUGGUUCUUGUGUUAUUUAAAAAAUAUGCAAUUAGAAAACUUUAAAUUUUAAUAAUUCAUUACAUUAUUAAUUAUAAGAAUAGAUUUUAAUUGUAAUUUAAAAUUAUUUUAAUUAAAUAAAAUAUUUAAAAAAUAUAAAAAAUUUUGCCUAAGAUUUCAAUAUUUUAUAAAACAUUUCAUUGAUUUAGUAAAAAAUCUGAAAUUCAUAUAUUCUUCUACACUCAAAAAACAGUUUUGUAAUUUUGAAAUUUUUCUUGACCAAAUAUAUAAUUUAGAAAAUGAAUAUUUCAAAAUUAAAAUGAUAAUAUUCCAAAUUUUGCAUAAGAUAAAAUCAUAGAUGCUAAAGUAUAAUUUUUUUAAAUGUAACAUGAUGUUUUAAAAGAAUAAAUAAUGCAAUAUUUUGAAACCUUAAUUUAGUAACAAAAAAUCAGAAUACUUAUUAGUAAGAAAGAAUACUUAGGAACAUAAGUAAAAUGAAAAAAAAUACCCACACAUCUAUGCAGAUUGAACUGUAAUGUCUUCUUAUGAUUCUAUGCAGUCUAUGGUAUAAUUAAGUACAAGAUAUAUACAUUAGGACCAUAAUCACAAAAAUAUAAAUUAUCACAUAUAUGCUCCUUAAAAACUUGAUUUUGUUCCAUAUAUUUUUAUUGUUCAUCGUUCCACAUAAUAAAUAAUAUAUAUGUUGAUAUUCUACCAAUUAAAAUUAUACUUUUGUUUACUAUAAAAUUCUAGCUGCUCGUACUAAUGUUACAAGUUAAUUCUAAUAUUAAUAUUUCUAUUUUACCUCUAGAUUAUAUUUCUUUAUCUAAACUAGUUGCUAAGUAUGAAGAAUUUUAUGCAGUUAAUCUUUAAAUUUUUCUUUAUCUUCAUACUACUUGCCGGCCAAGGUAUGAAAAUGGUAGGACAAGAAAUGUGUGAAGCAAAGAGCAUAAAUUUCAAGGGAAUGUGUUUGAAGUGGAGUUAUUGCAAACAAGUAUGUAUAAGCGAAGGUUUUCCUGAUGGUCAUUGCAAGGGAUUUAUCCGCAAAUGUGUUUGCAGGAAACCUUGAUUUUUGAAUUAAAAGUUAUUUAACUGAUUAAAUAAAAAUCAAUAAAUAAAUUUACUAGUUAUUUGAUUUAAUAAAAAAUCAUGUACUGGAACUUUAAUUCUAAGAUAUGAUUAUUUUCCUUGAUCAGUAUCGCAUAUAUAUUUAUUUUCGUUAGUUACAAAUAUAUAAAUAUAGUAAUUAUCAAUAUAAUUAACACAAAAGACAUUUUUGACAUCUUCUUGAUUUCCUUUCAUUACAAGUAUGUCACUCCUAUAUUUAUGGUUAACAAAUUUAAUACAUUCUAUGUUUAAUAUAACUGACGAUUCCAUAUAAUUAAAAUAUUGUUUCAUAUAUUAAUUCAUAUAUCGGAUUACUGAAUCAUAAAAUAUUUAUAUCAUCAAAAAUUACUAUUAAACAACCCAAAUUAUCAUUUUCCAAAUUAUCAUUUUGUUUUCAGUUAUAACACACGAUUAUAACACACAAUUCCAUAGCAAUGUAAAGCUAUAUCAUCAUCAUUAAAAUAUUUUUUGGUUUUCCAAAUAAAAACUCAGUUCAUAUAAACACACACACACACAUAUAUAUAUAUAUAUAUAUAUAAUAAAAUAUCUAUACAAUUUUAUUUGGAAUAGGUCAUAUAAUUUAUAUAAAUGUUUUUUUAACGAUUCCAUAAGAUAUGACAUUCUUUUUAUCUUAUGUAGCGGAAGAUGAAAUAUCUCAAUAUUCAAUAUUGCACCAUCAGAUAAUAUUCAAUAUUGCACCAUAAACCUUACAUAACAAAACAAACCAUAUAUGGAAUUAUUGGUUGGACUGUACAUGUAGAAGUUUAAUUAUAAAAUUUAAUCUAUAUUUUUAUUGUUGUAGUUGCAUGUUAUUUGCUCUAAAACCUAUACUGAAUCGGUAUCUGGUCUGAUUUUCAAAACAAUGCUUUACACUUUUAACUGUAUUAUUGAUUAUGUAGCAAUAUAUUUAAUUAACAAGGUGUAAAAAGUAUAUUCUCACAUUCUUUGUGAAAUUAUAUAGAAAACAAGAUUUUCUAACAUAUUCCUUAAAAGUUAUCCUGUUUAUUAAAGAAUAAUACAAAAACAAAUUCAUCAAACCUUAGUAUAGAAAAGUAUUUAAAAAAUUUUGAUCAAAAAAUUUGAUUUAAAACUUUUAAAGAAGAAAAAAUUGAUAUUAGUUGAAAAGUAAUCUUAAAACAUGUUUUACACCAAAUUUGUAGAAAGCCUUACACUUAUUUAACAAAAAGGAUUUUAAUUCCAUAUUUUGUGCUCUAAAUUAUGCUAAAUAUAUUGAAUUUAUGGUCUUCAUCACCUACAACCCUUAAACCUAAGUGUAAAUCCUACAAAUGUAGAUAUCACAAUCUCGACAAAUCAACAUAAAACUUAUAUUGUAGUACAUUGAAAAUUUAAUAUGUUACAAAUAUUACUAUAAUUUUAAAUUCAAUACUAUCAAUUGAAAUAUUUUUUAGACGUACAAUAUAGAUAUAUUAUAGCCAACAUGAAGUUCUGAUAUAUAGUUGUUCAAAAAAAAAAAAAGAAGUUCUGAUAUAUUUUUUGAUGUUCAAUAUAGGAAUUUGAGGAUAAUUUUUAAUAA